AUGGAACCCCGUAUCCCUCUGAUAAGGGAAGGGACUCAGUGGCCAAUUGUCUUCAGCAUGAAACCACCAAGGUUGACGGAGGAUGGCUCCAUGAUCGUAGUGUCCGCUUUGGAAGAGUUUCCACAUGCUGCUGUGGAACGCUACAGAAAUGUUGUGUAUACAGGUGACGUCAACGUCAGCAAAGGGGAUCUGAGCUGGGAGAAUCCUGAGACUGGCGUCUUGGCGAGCAUCGCACUUAAGAUCAACGAGGAAGAGCUUCUAGAUAUGUUGAGCAGCGUCCAUACGAUUUCCACGAAGCCUGCUCGCAUGGCGUUUCUGGAAUGGUAUGCAGAAGGGAAGGGGGAUUUCGAGGAGCUACGCCUCGUGGCAAGAAGAUGCGAAGAUAAGGAGAGACUGAAAGAGAUCCGCGCCGCCAAGGAGGCCAAGGAGAAGAAAAAGACCAAGAUCUGA